UUAUCUUCGAAUUUUGGCUGGCGGAAAGCUUAAUAGUUAAUUCAAUUGUGUGUAAAAUGGAAAGUUUGAGAUUGAAUAGUAAUUGGAUGUGGAAGAAUUUUGAUAUUCUUUUUUGCUCUUCCAAAAAUAUUAUUUGUACAAUGAUUGAUGUUGUUUGCAUUAAACAUUUUUAGUUAAUAACUCAUACAAAUAGUCUGUAACUUACAUAUUAGAAGUUAAAAACUUUAAGCAAAAUUGUAGCGACUAAAAGAACAAGAAGAAAAAAUAAGGCAAAAAAUAAAAUGAGUGAAACCAAUACUAUAAUUGCUUUGGGGGGAAAAAAGUUGUUAGGCAACUUUUAACUAUUCAAAUUACAUUGUUCAUUUAAUUAUUUAUUUUUGUGAAUUUAGGUAUUGAGUGAUCCUCAAAAGAGGGUGAUUUAUGAUCAGCAAGGAGAGGAAGGUUUGAAACAUAUGCCACCACCUGGGAAUGAACCAACAAAUGGAGUUAACCCAAGAAAUGCAGAGGAUAUCUUUGCAGAGUUCUUUAGAGACAACCCUUUUGGAUUUGGAUCAUCUGGACCUCAUGGAAGGUCCAGGUUCCAAACUGAGGGAGGCGGAUCAUUCAGCGGAUUCCAUGCGCCGCUGAAGAAGCCGCCUCCUGUUGAGAGCAAGUUGGCAUGUAGUUUGGAAGAGUUGUACACGGGUUCCACAAGAAAAAUGAAGAUCUCAAGGAUUGUUAUGGAUGCUAAUGGGAGGCCAAACCCACUGAGAUAUUAACAAUUGACAUAAAGCCAGGUUG